CCGAACGUCGGCGGAGGCUGUUGUGGCAGUUCCCCGAGGCGGCUGGAGUUUCUACCCGGUGUCGCGUUGGCUUGGCCUCCUCAGCGGGCAUGAGGCGCGGAGACCCGGAGGAGGAGGCCUGCGGGGUAUGGCUGGACGCGGCGGCGCUGAAGAGGCGGAAAGUGCAGACACAUUUAAUCAAGUCAAGCACCAAAAUGCUAACGCUCUUCCCUGGAGAGAGAAGGGCUAAGAUCUCGUUUACUCAGAGAACUCCGUCUGCAGGUGUUCGGCAGACCAGCAUUGCCUCCUUCUUCGCCUUGCAGCCAGGAAAGACAAAUGGUGGUGAUGAGAGGAAUGUUUCAUCUCAUGUAGAAAGUCAGACCAGCAGACAGUGUAAGAAAGAUGCAACCCAGCUAGACCAUCCGAUCCAGGGCCUGGGGGGUGAUUGCAUGGCACCCCCUUUAGCCACUUCAACCCCUGCAGACAUCCAGGAAGCUGGACUUUCUCCUCAGUCCCUCCAGGCUUCUGGUCAACACAGAAUGGGAGCGCCAGUCUUGACUGAGUCUUUGUUCCAGCCUGAUACCUUAGUCUGUGCUGGAGAGAAGCAAGACUCACUGGCUUGUUCCUUCACCCCGGACUUGGAAUGUUACUUGCUGGACCAGAAGGAGGGAGAGAAGGAUUCUUCCUGGAAAAGGGAAUGGCUUCGUGGAUCUAAGAAAAAGAACUGUCAGGGUACGGAGAGAUGCAGUGAACCCCCUUGGGGCAAGGGCCAUCAGCCCUGGGACAAGUCUGAAUUGCUAAAGGUGUCUGCCCAAGAAAAUAGGCAGGCUCCUGUCCUCGUUCAAACAUAUAGGGAUUCCUGGAGUGGAGAAGAGGCAGAAGCAGUGAAACGAAGUUCUUAUCCUGUUCCUGUGUUUUCCUGGGACAGUGAAAAGAAUGACAGGGACUCCUGGAGUCAGCUUUUCACUGAGGAUUCUCAGGGCCAGCGGGUCAUCGCCCACAACUCGAGAGCUCCUUUCCGAGAGAUAACCAACAGCCAGAACCAGGGCUUAGGGCACUUUCCUCGCAGCUCUGGGGCUCAGUGCCAGGCCAGGCCCGCUCAGCUAAGUCUGCAGCCUGAUUUGCUCUUUACCCAGGACUCUGAGGGCAAUCAAGUUAUCAGGCACCGAGUUUAAAUGUCUUUCAGGGUUUGCUUUUAAAAAUAUUUUCAGGAGGGGUUUUGGGAGUAUGUCUGUGUUUUGGUAAGGGGGAAGUGUGUGUUGAAGCUGUUAUUGAGCUUUUUCUUUGUGUAAAUAAAGCAGGUGGUGACAUGACACCCGAGACAAUAUGGUUGGCAUCAUGCCUUUUCCUAAAUUAGGGGUGGUCGGUAAAUCCUCUGCACAAAGCUGUGGUGAGCACCAGGGAGGCGGGGCAGGGCCUCAUCUCUCCACCACAGAGCCUGUUACACAGCCUGCAGCCAGCCACCGUUCUGCCCUUUCAGAUGCUUCACUGAGACAUCGCCUCUUACAGACAGACGUGUCUACUUUUAGCCUCUGGCUGUAAUCAUACUUACUGGACCUAAGCUUGGGACCAUUCUUCCUGACACUUUGAGUGGCAAGUCACAGCUCCCUGACCUGGGUGUACAGGGGCAGGGGGAUAGAGAGAUAGGUAGAGGGUAGCAUGAUGACAGCGUAAUUUUUAAUUUUAUUUUUGUGAUAACUUUACAGCAUUUAAAAGUUAUAUGUUCUGUUUAAACAUCUCCCUUAAAAAGCUUGGGCUAGAUAACAAUGUAGAUGUGACUACAUCACUCUUCUACUAUAAAGUGGGAGAGAACUCCCUUUGUAAAACUGAGUCCAAAUAAAUGACUGUUUACAAAGCUGGCUCUGAUGGUAAUUAAAACAUUACCAAUUUUAUUUUUGAAAAAGGAACUUUUUAAUGUUCUGUGCUGUCAUUGCUGUGGGUCCAAACUCAAAGGAAUGUAACUUGACUUGUGUUCUACCCAAGAUCUUACCCAGCAGGUAGCAGUUCCCUGUGAUUCGGGUGUGGAACCGAAGAGGCUCCUAGGGGGCAAGCUUGCAAGUUUUAAGAUGGAA